AGGUACCUCUGUUAAGUUUCUGGGAAUCGAGAGUGUCUCAUCAUUCAUAAGAAUCUGAAAAAGAUUGGGACAAUUUUCAAGGCACCCAAACUAAAAAACAAGAAAACAUUAUUUAUGUUGGGAAUGGAACGUACCCCAAGACCUUAAGUUGAAUAUUUUGUAUUUAUUUUCGAUAUUGGACACAUACCCAAUCCUGCUAAUUUAAACAAGGUCAUAGUCCAAAUUCAAAUUUCUGUUGUUUUUUUACCAUAAUUGGAAUAAAAACUGAAAUAAAUAAGAAAAUAAUACAAAAGAUUCAGAUCUUUGUUUUAACGAAUUUCAAACUACACAAGAUGGCAUUUUUGAAGAGGUUCCUUCUUCCUGUAAUAAGACACACGUCUUACAGAGGGUAUUCUUCAGCUGGACCAUGCUUUGCCUUAAACGAUGACCAGAAACAAAUGCAAGAAUUAGCCCGCAAGUUUACAAAAGAAGAAAUCAUACCUGUUGCAGCACAGUACGAUAAGUCCGGUGACUAUCCUUGGGAUAUUGUUAAAAAAGCUUGGAGCAUUGGGCUACUCAAUAACCACAUACCAACAGAAUUGGGUGGUCUUGGAUUAGAUGUUUUUACAUCAUGUCUAAUUGCAGAAGAAUUAGCGUACGGAUGUAGCGGCAUUAUGAGUGCUUUGGAAGUUAGUUCGAUUGCGCAAACCCCAGUGCUCUUAUCUGGCAAUGCUGAACAAAAAAAGAAAUAUCUUGGAAGGCUGCUUGAAGAACCUUUGGUAGCAGCAUACUGUGUAACAGAACCCGGUGCUGGUUCAGAUGUUAACGGAGUCAAAACAAAAGCUGUGAAGAAGGGCGAUGAAUACAUUUUGAAUGGACAAAAAAUGUGGAUCACAAACGGUGGUGUUGCCAAUUGGUAUUUUGUUUUAGCCCGUACCAAUCCCGAUCCCAAAGCACCCGCAAGCAAGGCCUUUACAGGAUUCAUAGUAGAACGUGAUACUCCUGGACUUACGCCUGGUCGCAAAGAGCAGAAUAUGGGUCAACGAGCUUCUGACACACGAGGAAUAACUUUCGAGGACGUAAGAGUUCCAAAAGAAAACGUUUUAAUUGGUGAAGGUGCAGGUUUUAAAAUUGCAAUGGGAACAUUUGAUAAAACUAGACCACCAGUUGCUGCCGGAGCUGUUGGCUUAGCCCAGCGUUGUAUGGAUGAAGCACUUAAAUACGCUCUAGAAAGAAAAACAUUUGGCGUGCCAAUUGCUCACCAUCAGGCAAUAUCUUUCAUAUUAGCUGAUAUGGCUAUUGGUGUUGAGACUGGAAGAUUAGCUUACCAAUUAUCUGCUUGGGAAGUUGAUCAAGGUCGCCGUAACAGUUAUUAUGCAUCAAUUGCUAAGUGUCAUGCUGCAGACAUGGUCAACAAAAUUGCAUCAGAUGCUGUUCAAGUUUUUGGCGGAAAUGGAUUUAAUAGCGAAUAUCCAGUGGAGAAGCUCAUGCGAGAUGCUAAGAUCUACCAAAUCUAUGAAGGUACUUCACAAAUUCAACGACUGAUUAUAUCGAGAAAUAUGCUCGAAAAGGCUAAGGAGAACGCUAAGUAAAUGUAAAAGUUUCAAACAAAAAAAAGGAUUUCGGGAGAAUUCAAAGUACAUUAAUAUUAAGUUUAAAAAGUUCGUUCAUUAUUAUCGCAAUGCAUGUGCCUUUGUGCCUUAUUUUUUAUAAACAAUAAAUGUAUUUUUUUCACAUAAAAA